AGAAAAAAGAGAAACAACUUUCUCUGGUUUCUAUCUGCAGGCGCUGCCUUGCCGAGGGGCUUCAGUACUGCGCUUCUGUGAAGGGGUGUGCAGCGGUGUGUAUGAGUGAGUGUGUGUGUGUGUGAGCCGGAGCCUCAGGAGCCAUGUCGGACCCCAGGGACAUCGACGAGGAUGCCAUCCUCAAGGGCCUCAGUGCUGAGGAGCUGGAUCAGCUGGAGUAUGAGCUGCAGGAGAUGGACCCUGAGAAUGCCAUGCUGCCAGCUGGCUUCCGGCAGCGUGACCAGACGAAGAAGACCCCGACGGGGCCGUUUGACCGUGACGCCCUGAUGCAGCACCUGGAGAAGCAGGCCAUCGAGCACCAGGACAGGGAGGACCUAGUGCCCUUCACUGGAGAGAAGAAAGGAAAGGCCUUUGUGCCCAAGAAAGCAGCGGAGAUCCCUGAACACGAGCAGGUGAUGCUGGAGCCGGAGCUGGAGGAGGCUCUGAAAAACGCCACUGAUGCCGAGAUGUGUGAUAUUGCAGCUAUCCUUGGAAUGUACACGCUGAUGAGCAACAAGCAGUACUACGACGCCCUGGGCACCACAGGCACGAUCGCCAACACAGAGGGCAUCAACAGUGUGGUGAAACCAGAUCCUUUCAAGAUCUUUCCCGAGGAGCCACCAAACACCACCAACGUGGAGGAAACCCUGGAGAGAAUCCACAACAACGACAGCGGCCUGACGGAAGUCAACCUCAACAACAUCAAGGACAUUCCCAUCCCAACACUGAAAGAGAUCUUUGACGCGAUGAAGGGAAACUCUCACGUGGAAUCUCUGAGCAUCGCCGCGACCCGCAGCAACGACCCUGUGGCUUACGCAUAAGCUGAGAUGCUGCAGGAGAACACCAGCUUGCAGAGUCUUAAUAUCGAAUCCAACUUCAUUACUGCAGAUGGCAUGAUGGCGAUCAUCAAAGCCAUGGCCAACAACGCCACACUGGUGGAGCUCAAGAUCGACAACCAGAGGCAGAAGCUGGGAGAUUCAGUUGAGAUGGAGAUCGCCUCCAUGUUGGAGAACAACUCCAGCAUCCUCAAGUUCGGCUACCACUUCACCCAGCAGGGUCCCCGCGCCAGAGCCGCCAUGGCCAUCACACGGAACAACGACAUGAUCCGCCAGCAGAGAUUAAGAUGAAAGCAACACGGAGCAAACAGAAGAACAACUAGUUCAGCACGUCCGAGCCUGCAAAGACAAGCCAGCGACAGCCUCGUAUCAGCUUCCUCAACGUGGUGCACCAGAGCUGAAUCAAUCCCCCCAAAUCAAACAUGGUCAGCGUGCAUCCACUAACGAAGCAUCCGUGUCCAACCAUUUCAUUUCAUUUACCGCAGCCAGCUUUUUGUAGACUGCUGAAUUCAUCAUAAAGGCAUGUAUAGGUCACAAGCAAAAAAUGUGAAGUGUCUUUUUUUGUGCUUUUAGUUUGAGCAUUGCCAACAUCAUCCCAAACAAAAGGUUUUUUCAUUCAUGAAAACACUUUCAAUGUGGUGCUAUCUAUGGGAAGA